CAACUCCAUGCCACCCAAGCCGGCUUGUGCAAUAAGUGCGAGAUCAUGGCUAUCAUGAGGGAGAGGAUUGAGAGGGGUGAUUGGGAGGCUGAGAGAGAUGGUGCGAUUGAGGCUAUGUGCGACAUUGCAAUCGACAGAGCGGCUAAGCUGGGAGAAACUCAUGAGGCUCCCCUUGACGCGAUCUUAAGAGAAUAUAACAAAAACAUCAGAUAUGCAGCAAGAUCAUCCACAGCACGUGUACACUGUGAACCGUUGACUUCAUUCUCAAGUUUUGUGGCAUCUUCCAAGGUAUCCUUCAACAACUGUCAAACAAUGAUGGCCAAAGUUGGAUUGGCUGCAAUCGCAGUGUCGUUCAUCACUAGCGCAAAUGGCUUCAAUACCGACGACCAAGUCAACCCUUCCAUCCCAUUCGGCAGUUUUGAGAAUCCAUCUGCCCAUGUCAGGCCACGGUUCAGAUAUUGGGUACCAGAUGCUUCCGUCGACCUCACCGACGUUGAGAAUGACUUCGCACUUAUUGCACAAGCCGGCUUGGGUGGCAUGGAGUUGCUAGGCUAUUAUCUAUACGGCAACUAUCCUUCUGUCGUCCAGGAAGGUGGUCCGGUUCCUGUUGACUGGACGACAUAUGGCUGGGGGUCUGAGGCAUGGAUUUCUACAGAAGCAUUGACGGAAGUCGCUUUACAGGCAACGAAGAAGCAUGGGUUGAUAAUGGACUUCGCCUUGGGUCCGAAUCAAGGAAGUGGAGUACCAGCUGAGCCUGACGAUCCUGGCGUUCUUUGGGACCUCAUUCCAUUCAACGUCUCAAUACCUCUCGGCGGCUCCUACGAUGAUGUUCUGCCUGGUUGGGGUACAGGAGAGCUCGUGUCUGCUUCUACGGCCCUGGUUCUCGACAGCACGCCCGUGCAACUGACAGCAGCACCUGCUUUCCUCAGCCAAAACUACAGUGGAUCACGUUUCACUUUGGCCUCUUCGUCACUCGCUGACGUUACGGACCAAGUCGCCGAGGAUGGCCGCAUCCAUCUUGAUUUCUCAUCCGCCGCCAAUGGUACAGAGUAUCAACUAUUCGCAUACUACCAAAACCACACCGUUGGUCUGGCACAGCAGUCUCCGCUCUAUCUCAACACCACAAUUCAGCAAUCGCCGGUCACAUCGUUCUUGCAAAACGGAAGCAGGUUCAACUCGCACUUUGAUGUCGAAGGCGCCAAGCUGGUCAUCGAUUUCUGGGAGAAGUAUUUGCUGGACUACAAUAACACGCGAGAGUUGAUUCGCGAGGUCGGCAACUACGGUUGGGAAGACUCGUAUGAAUUCGGUAACAGCAUCUUGGUCUGGUGGACGCCUGCACUCGUCGAUGCAUUCCAACAAGGUCGAGGGUAUAGCAUCAAAAAGUACCUUCCGUUGAUCUAUUAUCCUAAUGCGCAGUCCGACGCUCCUCUCGCUUCGCCGCAUUGGUACCAGACCGAUGAGAACGACAAAGGUCAAGCCCAUGUGGACGACUACAGACAGACUGUUAGAGUCACUCAACUCGCAAUACUCGGCGCAAGUGGUCUACAACCUUCCUAUGGACAUGCUAGCCAACAUACCCGCAGUAAACGGUCCGGACGCGUGAUAUCGUCUGAGCUCGGCGCUCAGCGCAACGAAGCAUACUCUCAAACUAUGCCCGAGCUUAUUUGGGACGUCAAGCGUUCUAUAGUCGGCUCUAUCAAUAACUUUGUAAGCUCUCUCCGGUCUUUCAAUCAUUCUUCGCAAGCUACGCAGCUGACAGCACCCUCACCAGGUCUAUCACGGCCGACAUGGGAGUAUUAUGAUGAAUACAUGAACUGGACCGCCCGCAUGCAAUACGUCGCUCAGACGGGUGUUCCUAAGAUCGAUCUUGCGUUCUGGCUUAAAAAGGUGCAAUUUUUCGACAAAGCCUCACAGUACCGUCCGAAUGACCUUGUCGAAGCCGUAUCUCAGCCCAGACAACCUCGUCUUGGAACCCGAAGCCUACGUUUCCGACGAAACGCUGGCGGCCGCCCGUCAAGCCUUCAAAGCGCUUGUUCUACGCGGCAACGACACGUUGACAGUGGCGGGUGUGGACAAGCUAACGCAGUGGAACGCCAUUCAACCUGUCCGGAUACAACACCAGCGGCUCGGCAUAUGUGA